CGUGGCGAAUGUCUAAAGCGCACGACGUGAAACGAAGGAGAGUGGACGCGGAUGGAUCGAGAACAGAGUCGCCGGACGCGGGAAAGCCGACAGACCGACAGGCGUCGCACUCUGCUGCAGCGAGUGUGGCAGAAACCGAGCCGUGGGGUCCCGGAUGUAUGUUACUGGGGGUGAUCGCUGUGGGAACUCUCACGCUUCUGGUGACAUUCGCUCUAUACAGACAGCAAGAGUUAGGCUACAGUAGAUCGGAGGAAAAAGCAACAGAUGUCGAUGACUCUGUCGGUGCUGACGGACACGCCAAGCCACUAUUUCCAGUGUAUGCCACUGAUCAACUGUUCACUCGAGACGAACUGAGCAGUCACGGAUCCAGUUCGAAAAGAAUACACCUUGCAAUACUUGGACGAGUGUACGAUGUGACUAAGGGUCGAAAGUAUUAUGGACCGAAGGGCGGCUAUGCCUUCUUUGCUGGUCGAGAUGCGACUCGAAGCUUCGUGUCUGGUGACUUCUCCGACGCUGGCUUGACCGACGACCUAGAGGGACUGUCUAUACGAGAGUAUCUCGGGAUUGCAGACUGGGUGGGAACGUACGAGAAAGAAUACAAGUACGUCGGUCGUCUGAUCGGGAGGUUCUAUGAUGGCGAUGGACGACCCACCGAUUCACUCCUCGAUGCCGAGAAUAAGAUACGACUCGCCGGGGAGAUGAAAUCCAAAGAGGAUGACAUGAAAAAGUUAUUCCCACCGUGUAAUUCUAGAUGGGCGGCAGGCAAGGGAGAGGUCUGGUGCAGCAAUAAGAGUGGUGGAAUACAUCGUGACUGGGUCGGAGUACCGCGGAAGAUGUUCGUGCCGGGUGGCUCGGCCUAUCGAUGCGCAUGCGUGAAGGACAGCGGUGCCGCUAGCGACGGCAGUGACACGGGCGGACGAGGAGAUCUGGAUAAUCCACAACUCAACGAAUAUCAGAAUUGCAGCUCGAAAUCAGCAACUUGUGCUGUCGAUGACUGAUACCCGUCGCUAGUUAGGUAUUGUGUAGCCUAGAAAUGUAGCAGCUAGCAGUUUCAAGUUCAUUGAAAAAUUGUAAAUGGUAAAC